AUGGACGGAACCAGCCGCGUGAAGCAGGUCCUUGCCCAGGGCACCCGGGUGGCGCUGGGCGUCUGGCAGUUGCUGCCGGGGAGCAACCUGGCGCGCAUCCUGGCCCGCGCGGGCUACGACUGGGUCCUGGUGGACUGUGAGCAUGGAAACAUCGACGAUGCCGCCAUGCACGAGUCCGUGGCCGCCGUGGCCUCGUACGGGGUCAGCCCGAUUGUUCGCGUCCCCGACUUCCAGAGCUGGAUGAUCAAGCGCGCCCUCGACGCCGGUGCCCACGGCGUCCUGGCGCCCCUCGUCCGCAGCGUCGCCGACGUGCGGGCUUUCGUGGACGCCGCCCGGUUCCCCCCGCAGGGGCGACGCGGCUUCGGCUCCCCCUUCGCCAUGGACCGGUUCGCCGUGGGCCUGACCGCCUCGCAGUACCUGGCGCAGGCCAACGCGACCCUCCUGCUGGCGGUGCAGAUCGAGACGCGCGAGGCGUUGGACGCCGCGGACGCCAUCGCCGCGGUGGAGGGGCUGGACCUGCUGUUCGUGGGGCCCUUCGAUCUGGGCAACAGCAUCGGCCACCCGGUGCAGGACGGCGAGAUCGAUGCGACGCUGGAGGCGGCCAUCGGGACGGUCCUGCGGGCGGCCCAUGCCGCGGGCAAGAAGGCGGGCAUCUACUGCGGGGAUGGAACCCAGGCGAGGCACUAUGCGGAUCUGGGAUUUGACCUGGUCAACGUGCUGACGGAUGUCGGGGCGCUGGCGGCCUCGUUGACGCGCGAGCGGGCGACCGUGACGGGUACGCACCCCUUGGGCCCGGAGACCCGCGGCCCAUACGGCAGUUAAAUGAAUCAAUCCAGGCAUGAACGAACGGCAGGCGCAUCCUUUG